AUGCCACACUCGCUUCCUGUGCCCGCGACGGGCUUCCAGGCCCUCAUUCUGUGUGGCCCCGGCGUCUCGCUCAACACAUUCACAUCGAACCCAGAGGAGUACCCGAAAAGUCUCAUUCCUAUCGCAAAUAGGCCCAUGAUAUUUUACCCGAUCGACUUCUGCAGGAGAUCAGGAAUCACCGAUAUCACAUUGAUCACACCUCCGUCCUCCCUCGCUCCACUCCAGGCCGCUCUAAAACAAAACCCACAUCUUACAUCUUUCCCCUCGCCCUCUGUGUCAGUUGUAGCCCCGAAAGACCUCGAGAUGACCAUGGGAACUGCCGAGCUGCUCCGCCUACCAGAGGUCCAAGAUUGCAUCAAAACCGAUUUCCUCCUUCUUCCCUGCGACCUUAUCUGUGACAUCCCCGGUGAAUCUAUUCUCGAGGCGUGGAUGGUUUCCCAGAGCGCUCUCGGGGAUAGUAGUUCCGCUCGAGAGGGUCGGAAUACCUACAAUGUAAUAGCUUCGGGUCCGGGUGGUGAGCAGGGAGGCCGUCGCGGCGGACUUGCUGUAUAUUAUCAGACGCAGGGCCGAGAGGAGAGUGUGAAAGGCGAGGCCGCCGACUUUGUGGCCGUCGCGGCGCUCGAGCAGGACGAGGCACCGGCAGUAUCACACCUAGUCGAUGGGCCGGAGGCCCUACGGUUUGGCCUAUCGAAGCUGGUCAUGUCAAUGCCUAUGGAUACCGUUAAGGAGAAGAUGGAACAGAAUAAAGGCUUCCUCGUUCGCGAGUCUUUGGUCAAGAAGCAUGCGCAGGUCAAGAUGCUAACCACGUACCGGGAUGCUCAUCUUUACGUCUUCCCGUAUUGGGUUAAGAAUCUAGCUCUCCACCAGGGGAAGCUAGAGUCAGUCGGUGAGGAUCUUAUUGGCUACUGGGCCAAAGCAGGAUGGCAGAAAGGCCUAGGAGAUAAGCUAGGGAUAAACAAAAUCUUCCAACAGGACAGCCACAGCCAAGGCGAGAAUGACAGCGAAUCGUUGGAGGAAGAGAUUGAUCUCCAGGGCUUAAGCACCACCAAGACUCGCUUAAACUCUGAAUCUUUAAAGUCUGAACUGCCGCAAAUACUAGCCUAUCUACAACGAGAACCGACUCCGUUUAUCCGACGCGUUGAUAGCUCCGCUAUCCUGCUUUCGACAUCACUUCUUCUGGCCAAACUAGAAUCUAUUGAGGAGGUUGGUCGUCAGGCAGCGUCACCUUUUGCACAUAACCAGAAGAUUGCCUACCCCGAGGGUGUUCCAGAGGAAACGGAUGCUAAGAACGAGAAAUUCAUGAUCUUCGAGGGUUUGGAUGAGGAAGGGGAGGAUGGCAUGGAUGUUUCAGAGGAUUUCGAUUGA